AAACAGUUGAGUUUGGAGCGUCAGUGUGGAGUGGAGUGGUGGAGAGCGCAGAAAGGGAGCAGGGCGCCGGGAGGAGACUGAGCUGCUGAAACUACCAGGAGCAAAGUGAAUGUCACUCAGGAGCAGAGCAUGCAGCUCUUUUUCCUCUUGUAUGGAUUAUGAUUUCUGUUUUUCCAACUCUUCUCCGGACUGCUUUCUUCACUCCGGCAGCGCUGCGCUUCAGAGGAAUGUGCGCAGCAGCUUCUCCGGGACGCAUCUGAGCACCGAGCGGAGCUAAAAGAGGAAAAAAAACUAUCAGCUUCACCAAAAGUCCUUUGAAAUCUCACAAUAUUUCUGUUUUUAAUGGGACACAUUCCUCCGGACGCCUUGCGCAUUUUUGGAGACUGUUACGCAUUUUGGAGACUUUUGUCUGCUGACUGAAAUGGGUGAUGGAAAUUGACAUUUUGUGCGUUAACAAAGGAUAAUAAUUUAUCAUCUUUUUUUUUUUACCCAAGUGCACUUGCUUCUCCGGCGAUGAUUGUGCUUUUGCUCGCGCUGUGCAUCACGGAUGGAGUGCUCUCUCAGAUUCGCUACUCUGUGCCGGAGGAGGCGGACCAUGGCACCUUGGUGGGGAAUAUCGCCGAGGACCUGGGACUGGACCUCACUAAGCUGGCCUCGCGCCGCUUUCAGGUGGUGCCCAGUUCUCGGACACCUUACCUAGAAGUUAACCUGGAGAACGGAGUCCUGUUCGUUAACGAGAAGAUCGACCGGGAGCAGAUCUGCAAACAGAGCGCGACCUGUCAGCUUAACAUGGAGGUGUUCCUGGAGAACCCACUGGAGCUGUUUCGGGUAGAGAUCGAGGUGGUGGACAUUAACGACAACCCGCCCAGCUUUCCGGAGACCGACAUCACAGUGGAGAUCUCUGAGAGUGCCACACCAGGAACCCGCUUCCCUCUGGAGAGCGCGUUCGACCCAGACGUGGGCUCAAACGCUUUACGCACGUAUGAUAUCACCACCAACAACUACUUUUACCUGGAUGUUCAGACCCAAACGGACGGAAACAAGUUUGCGGAGCUGGUUCUGGAGAAACCGCUGGACCGGGAACAGCAGGCGGCGCACAGGUACGUGCUGACCGCAGUAGACGGAGGUCAGCCUCCCCGGACCGGCACAGCGCUGCUUGUGGUUAAAGUGCUGGACUCCAACGAUAACGUGCCGGUGUUUGACCAGCCGGUCUACACGGUGAGCCUCUCUGAGAACGCGCCGGUGGGCACGCUGGUCAUCCAGCUGAACGCCACCGACCUGGAUGAGGGAUUAAAUGGAGAGAUCGUUUAUUCUUUCAGUAACCACAUUUCCAGCCGCGUCAAGGAUCUCUUCAGCAUAGACCCGCGCACGGGACGCAUCGAGGUGCGCGGGGAGGUGGACUUCGAGGAGAGCAGCCUGUACCAGAUCUUCGUCCAAGCCAAAGAUCUGGGUCCAAACGCCGUGCCCGCGCACUGCAAAGUGCUGGUUAAAGUCAGCGACGUGAACGACAACGCGCCAGAGAUCACCUUCAGCACCGUCACCGAGUCCGUGAGCGAGAAGGCAGCUCCGGGCACUGUCAUCGCCCUGCUGAGUGUGACGGACCGGGACGCGGAGGAUAACGGUCAGGUGCACGUGGAAAUCCUCGGAGAUGUUCCUUUCAAAUUAAAGUCCUCCUUUAGGAAUUAUUUUACCAUCGUGACGGACGGCCCGUUAAACCGGGAGCAGGCGGACUCUUACUCUGUCACGGUGGUCGCGCGGGAUAAAGGGACGCCCUCUCUGGCCACCAGUAAGUCCAUCCGGGUCCAGGUUUCUGAUGAAAAUGACAAUGCGCCCACCUUCACUCAGCCCAUCUAUGAUGUAUAUGUGACAGAGAAUAAUGUGCCAGGGGCGUACAUACACGCUGUGACGGCCCUGGAUCCAGACGUGGGCCCCAACUCCCUGAUCAGCUACUCCAUCUUAGAGUGUGACAUCCAGGGCAUGUCUGUCAAGACCUAUGUGUCCAUUAAUGAGGAGACAGGCUACCUUUACGCCCUGCGCUCCUUUGACUACGAGCAGCUGAAGGAUUUCACUUUCAUGGUCCAGGCCAAAGACUCGGGCACCCCAGAGCUCUCCUCCAACGCCACCGUUAAAGUCAUCAUAGUGGACCAGAAUGAUAAUGCCCCCCUGGUGCUGGCCCCACUGGGGAAAAAUGGCACAGCCAAGGAGCCCCUGCCCCGCUCAGCUGAGCCGGGCUACCUGGUAACCCGUAUUGUAGCCAUGGAUGCAGAUGAUGGUGAGAACGCCCGGCUGUCCUACAGCAUCCAGAGGGGCAAUGAGAACGGGAUGUUCAGGAUGGAUUGGAGGACUGGGGAAUUGCGGACCGCCAGGAGGGUGUCAGCAAAGCGAGACCCCCACCAGCUGUACGACCUGCUGAUAGAGGUGAGAGACCAUGGCCAGCCGCCCUUGUCGUCCAGCGCCAGUGUGCUGGUGGUGCUGGUGGACAGCGUAGCUGAGGGCCGGGGCAGCGGGGAGCGAGGGGGCACCACUAAGGCUAAGGAGGGGACCCUGGACCUGACCUUGAUCCUCAUCAUCGCCCUGGGCUCUGUCUCCUUCAUCUUCCUGCUGGUGAUGAUUGUGCUGGCCGUGCGCUGCCAGAAGGAUAAGAAGCUGAACAUUUACACCUGCCUGACCAGCGACUGCUGUCUGAGCUGCAGCUCCUGCUGCUCCCGACAGGGCCGUGCCCGCAAGAAAAAGCUUAGCAAGUCGGAUAUCAUGCUGGUGCAGAGCGCGGGUAACGUCAGCGGGGCCGGCACGGCUCAGGUCCCUGUGGAGGAGUCAGGGAGCUUCGGCUCCCACCACCAAAACCAGAACUAUUGCUACCAGGUAUGUCUGACUCCAGAGUCUGCCAAAACCGACCUCAUGUUCCUAAAGCCGUGUAGUCCGUCUAGGAGCACAGACACGGAUCACAACCCGUGCGGGGCCAUAGUGACAGGGUACACAGACCAGCAGCCUGACAUCAUAUCAAACGGCAGCAUUUUAUCAAACGAGGUAAGAGUCCCUCCCGUACCCACAGUGUAAUCCCCCCCCUCCAUCCAGAGACCCUCAGCAUGUCUCAGUCCUGAUCAUACUAGGCCCCCCCUUGAAGCCUGCCUGUUUGAUCUGGUUUUAAAACAUCCCUACUUUCAUUCAGGAGCCAUUUCCAUCCUAAACUCCUCUCCCUCUGCUCAGUGGCAUGCAGGUCGACUACAAAAUGCUGCAGCCGUCUGCAGAAGUGUUGGGGGGGGCAUUAAAGCAAACACAUGAUGAGGCGAGCUGUGCUGACAUGUUUCCUGCAGCUCCUUCUCAUGGGGGGUCUGGCCUCAGACAGCAGAGACUGCAUGUUUAUGUCCUGCUCCAUCUUUGAAAUGUUAAAAAAAAAAUAGAAUAAGGAUGGAUGUACGGGGACUCAGAGGCUGCUGGUUGCUGUGGGUUUGUGCAUCCAUGUGUGUGAGCGUGUGUCUGUGUGUGUGUGUGACAGACAGUCCCGAGGGGAGGGGAGCGUUCACAUUAAGCAUCCCACUCACAAUGUUGCUGAGUCGCAGCACAACAGAGACGUGUGACUCUGCUGUUACUUCAUCCUGCACCUUGGCAACAUGUCUGUAAACUCUCCCCCCUCCCUCACCCCUCCUGUGGGGGAGAGAAACCUUCCCAAACUCAGCAAUCAUGGCUCACAUGUGUGAUGGACAGCUGACAUGAACAUGGAGCUGUACUGUGUUUUCUCUCUGGGGUGUUUUGUGGUUUAGUCUGACAGCAUCUCCUUCUCUUUCAGACCAAACACCAGCGAGCCGAGCUCAGCUACCUGGUGGACCGGCCGAGACGUGUCAACAGGUAAACCCAGAGAGCGUGACCCUCAUUAAUGUGCUGGAUGAGAUUGAAAUGUGCUCUCUAUAACAUGAUGGUAUAAUUUGACUGAACUGUUUCCUGUCAGCUCGGCAUUCCAGGAGGCCGACUUGGUCAGCUCCAAAGACAGCGGCCACGGUGACAGCGAGCAGGGAGACAGCGACCACGACGCCACCAACCGAGGCCACUCCUCCGGUAAGCGCUGACCUGCUCCCCCUUCACUGAAAGUUGAUGUGACAGGUUAAGCUGCAGGUUUAGGGAGCGGCUCCCUACCUCUCCUGCAGGAUCUGAUGGUUAGCAUGCACAUGAGUGUCAGGAGCUGGGAUCUGGAUCUUUCAUGCCCGGUUGUGUCUGGUUGUUGUUGGGAAAUGAAAGCUGGUUUUUAAUAACAUCCAUCACUGCUGGAAUCACCUGAGGCCUCUCAGUGUGUCCAACAAUCAGUGUUUGUGCUGAUGCUGCUCUACUUUUACAUCCUGCUUUCUCUCUCCGGUGACUCUGUGGUUUUUUGAUUUGCUGCUCAGCCUCAUAAUGAAAGCAGAGAGCAGAUAAAAGGGUCUGGAUGGCUCGCCCUGUAUGGGAACAUGUCUCUGUCUAUUUGUCUCUGUCUCCUCUGACACGAGAUGGUAGAUGUUGGCGUGCUGAGAGCGAACCUUGCUGUUGCGGCUGCUGCUGCUGCUGCUGUUGCUGUUGUGUGUAAAUAUGUCUCUGUGUAGAGCGGAGGCUCCGGCUCUCUCCGGGAGCUCGGUGACUCGGAGCUGGAGACCACUUGUCAAGACGUGAGGAGCGUUUUAAUGAGGCUGCGCUCGCUCCAGAGAGCUGGGAAGCAGACCAAAUAGGUUGUGGUCGUAGAAAACAAAACAGGCGAUUCAUUCGUUCAUUAAUUUAAUUAAUGCAUUCAUUUAAGCAGUUACUCCCCGCACCCUCCCCCACAUUCCUCCACACCACCCUCGCUUUUCUAAUCUCCCUGUCCUGGAGGAACCAUCACGGCCCUCACAAUAGGGGCCCGCUGAGUUAUGAAUGCUGGUUUUAUGUCUUCAUUCAGAGCCGCUCUCUCCCUCUCUGCUGCCUGUCAUCACUUCUGCUCAAACGCAGCAGUGAGGGGGGCCCAUCAUGCCAAGUGCAGCCCCCUCCCUCCGUCCCUCCGUCAGUGUCGGGGACCAGAAUGGGUCACAGCAAGCUCAGUAGACAGACACAGACCGAGCCGACAGCACAGACUCAUAAGCUCAGAGACAGCUCCACAGAUUCAUCAUGCUCACCUCUGUGGGAGGUUUUCAUUCUUUGAUAUCGAAGUCAACUCUGACAGACAUACAUGCAUACUAAUGUCAUCCAUUGAUAUAAGAUAGAGAAGCUGAAUAGUGAGACUGAAUCAUUAUCUUCGUCACUGCUUACUUACUUUAUCAUUUCAGCUGCUAAAUAUCUGAGAUGCCAUGACGUUUCCUGUUGAUAUAUGUGAAACUGUGUGAUGAAUUUGGUGACAGAAGCAGAUGGCGUUAGUGUGUAGGUGAUGUCCACAAAUCUUGGGUGAAAAACUUUCCCUUUGAAUCCGUAUUUAAGGUCUUUUCAAAAGAAAAACACUCGCAGUGAGCAAAAAUACCCAUGAAUGCACCGGCAGACCAUUUAAUGUUGCCGAGUUUACUCAUAAUGUGAAGUCUCUGUAGAUUUCUGCGCAGUUUAAACAUAUUCAGGGUCAAUAAUUUUGCAGUCGAUGCAGAAAACCUAAAAGCUUUUCUCUACAACUCAGGCCAGACUUUGUGAAUUACAAACCACUUUUUUCAAAGAGCAAAGGCAGUUUUUUUUUUUUAAAGAUUAGGAAAAUAAGUGGGUCAGAGUUUAGGAAUAGCUUUGUUAACGGGAUGAAUCAAAGUCUGAGAGCAGUGCAGCUCCGAAACAACCCCCUUCCACGAGAUCUUAGACAGUAUGUUUAAUUGUUCUGAGUGAGAAAUGAGCCUGGAAAGAAAACAGUUGUGAAACUUGAAUCAAUAAAGUUAGCUUUGAAAACCCCAGAGAGAGAGAGAGAGAGGCUCAGUUGAAGAGAAAUAUAACUCAUGGAGGGGGAAAGAGGCUAAUUCAAAAAUGUAAAUAAAAUUCAUGUGCAAGAUUUACCCAUCAGUCACUGUGCUUACAUAGCAAUCUAUAAGAAGUUCAAAUAUGCAUGAGAGUGCAUUGAAAACUCACCUGUUAAGGUAAUUUUUCAAAAUAUGCUCAGUGUGUUUCAGGAAUCAGGGGUGGUGUAUUUCCACAGUCGCAGGAGAAAGUGUUUGUGUUACUGAGGUAACAGGAGGAAGAAGUGAUGACAAUGCCUGUGAGGUGGGAUGACAGGGUGUUUCACACGGAGGAAAACAGCUUAUAUGUGAAGUGUGUUUGAAAAAGAAAUACCUGUGUGUGUUAGAUGACGAUUUUAAAUGUAUAAAAUGACAACUACAGUCUGAUCAAACUGAGAGUGUCUGCUGCUCAAAGUUUAGAAACACCUUCAUCCACAGAGCACAGGUUUAAAGUUCACCGCUGCAUCACUUUUGUCUUUUCCACCUCCCUGGAACAUUUCGAAUCUUACAGCCGACUGCUUUUGUGCUAUUUCUGGUGUGCUGGCAUUUCGCACACUCUCAUACCCAGUCGGAGUGUGCGUCUGAGCGUGUGCGUGCUGCGUGUCCGGUGUUGCUGACUUUGAGCCCCCUUGUUGUAGCAGACAGGUUACAGUAACUCUGCUGCAGAGAUCAGAGUCCCUAACCAGAUUAUUAGCUCUGCAUUAAGUCUUUGUUUGAUCAGGAUAAUUGAUAGCGCAGCUUAGCUUAGCUUAGCCUAGCGUUCCCAUAAUGACAGAAAAACAAAGAGACAGGGGCUUUGUGUGUGUGCGAGUUUCUCAGCAGCGAGUGCACACUUCACUACGGCUGCUAUUUCUUAAUGUUAGCGUCUCUUUUAGCUUUGUGUGCAUGUGUCUGUGUGUGUGUGUGUACUCAGAGUUAUACAGAGAAGCAUGUUGGUUUCUAUCUGAGUGAGUUUAGCGUCACAGAUAAACUCUGGCUGAUAAACGCUCUGAUCAGUCAUGUUUCUGACUGCUGCUCUGUCAUCUCUUUGUCUUUUGUGUCUUUGUGCACUUUGUAGGUCUGCGGUUUGUUUGUAGGUUGUGUUUUUGUGGACUACACAUACCUGCAUGCUCUCUCACAGAUUUUUGCUCUUUUAUUCUGCUGCUAGCGGCUGCUUCGUUCUGCCAACAUUUUCUGCUGCUCUAGGCCCUCGGCUCGCUCCUUUCUUCAUCAAAGAGGAGCUGCAAGAGUCACAAAGAGUCAGAAAUCAGCUGUGACCAACACGUGAACAGGAUUAAAACUCACACCGAUACAUUAAUUUUCAAGAUUUUGCAGCAAUUCUAUAAAACAUGAAGUGUUUUUGCUCCACUUGGGCCCCUGCGGAUCACUUUGGGUCUAAAAUGUGGAGCAAAGUCCCCGUUGGUUGGAUCAGUAGAAAGAUUAUUUCAGUCUUUACAGCAGAGUGACAGUGUGUGCGUGUGCGUGUGUGUGUGUGUGUGUGUGUGUGUGUGUGUGUGUGUGAGAGAGAGAGGGAGGGGUGAGGGAAGUCAAGAGUUGGAGAAAAAGAGAGAAAGAUUUCCAGUAAAGGUCAAAAGCAGGAGCCACAUGAACAAAUCUGUCACAUUAUGAGCCAUUAGACGCUGCAGACUGCAGAUGUGGGCGUGUUUGUGUGAGCGUAAGUGUGUUUUUUUGUGUGUGUAGCAGCAGAGAUGAUGUGCUAUAAUGUCAGUAUUCUAGUGAAAAAGAUGAGAGAUGCAUAAAUAUGAUAUCUAGCGGUAUAAAGACGAAAACUUGUGCAGCUUUUUGACAUAAAGUUGUGAAAUAAACAUAACGCAAGAGCUGAGGAAAAUGUCAAAAUACUCUGAGUUGUAUUUCAACGAUUUAUGGGUGAAAAAAAAUAGAAAAACAGGUAAACAAAGCUGCGACUAUUUGUUGAUUUCGUGGGUGCUCUCUCUGCAGCUGUUGAGUUAAAUAUUGGAGUUGUAAUGUUUCUCAAAAGGUGAGAAGUAAACAUGAAAUGACAGGAUCUGAUUCUGCAAAAAAUCCUUGUGAUACCAAGUUUUUUGGCAUGCGUGUCUAAGGAACAAUUUUAACAAACAAAUACGACAAAAUGCAGUUAACUGCAGUCUGAAAACAGAGCAUGUGAAGCUGCAUUCCUCAUGAGGAGGCUCUGGACUCUAUCACUCCCCCGAAGGAGUUCCUGUUGGAACUGUUAGAGUAUUUUUAUGUGGUAUUGUGAGCCAAACAAACCUUUGAGAUGUACCACAUUUUAGUAAUUUUGGACACUGCUUGAACUUGUGUAAAUUAUUCUACCUCCCUAUUCAACUCAGUGUUUUAUUUUUAAAUCCUAAUAAUCCUAAUUUACUAUCUCAUAAUAAAAUGACCUCACAUUAACUUUUUGGAUUUUUUUUAUUCAGCCCAAAUCUUUAUUUAUGGAUCUUUUACUGUUGGUGGUCUCCCACAGUUUUUAAAUCUUACUAUGAUUUUGUCUAUAAGAAAUAAUAGGGUCAGACCUUUUCUACAUUUUUUAAAAAUAUUUUGGGGCUUUCAUGCUUUCAUUUUGAAGUGGGAACUGGGAGAGAAUGGGGGAGUGGGGAGUGACUUGCAGAAAAAGGGGCUGUAGACUAGGGAUGGGCCAUAAAUUAUCAUUCACUUGAAAUCGUCAGAAAAAUCCACUGUGAUAAAUAUUUGCCAUCUCAUGAUGAAUACGGUAAAUGUUGAUGACGUAAGUGUGAGUGACGGACUCACAGCCAUAGCCCAUACAGAGCAGAAGAACAAACAAACAUGGCCAAAGGUAAUGAAGAAGACGUUUCUGAGCAGCUGGUUACUGAACGAGACUCCACAUGAGGAAUUUCCUUCCUUCAAGAGCCAGGUGCAACUGCAGGCAGAUGUUACUAUUUACACAGCAGAUAUCAGUCGUUCUUUUUAAAAAGACCCGACUCAAGCAGCCUAACAUCAGAGAAAACACAUCCAGCCAACUGUUUUAGUUAUGUCCAUGCAUUGAUUAAUGACCAGCACAAACAAUCAGGGACAUUCCUAAAUAAACACGUUUGUAUGUUCGUGCAUGAGGCACAGCUGAGUAGCUUCAUUGUUUAUCAAAAAUUCAGGACGUGCCAACAGCAUCAGACAGGAUCUAAUGAUGACUAAUGGCCUCUCUGCUCUCUGCUCUGUACAACAAAGAAAGGUAGGCUGUAAAUUUUUAAAACCUAUAAUCGCUGCUGGAUCACUAUGCUGUAUUCUAGACUGCCUGCAUAAUAGAUACUGUUCAGUACUUAUUAAUAUCUUGGGGCAUGAAGGUCUGUGACACCAAGAGUUAUGUUUAAGGACUGUAAAGAAAUAUCCUUCAGUUGUGUGUGAGUGUGAGUUUGGGUGUGUUUCUGUAUGUUUUUAAGAGAGUGCACAUGAUGGAGAGCUUAGAGAUGGUCUUGGUCUGUAGUUGUUGGCUAAGGUGAAGGUAAAGGUGUCCUUGUCUUCUGAGGUACGUAGCGCAGCUCCAUGCCAAAAAAAUAGUUUCAGGAUGACUUGAGAUGAGGAGAAAAUUAUUUCGGUGACUCCGAAUACGUACAAUGCUACUACGCAAGUGGUGGUUUCAGGAAGUUGAGAAAAUCCUGGAAAUGCCAAAAUCAAUUUGGCUUCAAAUUCGUAUAAUGAUGUAAGGUGGAACCAAGUUGUCCAUAGUAUAUACAGCUAAUGCUUUGAACAAGCUCUGGCAUGUUUUUAUUGGUCUAAGAUGGAAAUGAUCUCUGCUUCCUUAGGAUGGCAAAGUGUCACCUUUGCGCCUUACCACACGUCAGAAACACCCGUUGGUGCUAAAGUGGGUGCAAGCUUGCAUGCUAUCUUCAAGUUGUGGGCAAAAACUGAUGAGUAUGUCAGGUGGGAACUAAUAAUGACACUUGCGCAGCAUGCAAAAAUCUUUGUGCCAAGUGUAGGAUCUGGCCCUUUAUCUCCUUGUGAUCGUUUUUAAUUAGAGCUUAAAUUACUUUUCUAACCCCCCUGAAGGAAGUCCUCCAUAAGAACAUCCACCUCUGUGUGCACUUUAAUCCUCUCUGUCACUUCAGAUGGAGGAUCUGUGUUUCAGAGUUUGACAGAGCAGCCACAGACAGUUAAAGGUCAUCCGCUCAUCCUGUGAUGUGGUGGACUCGUUUCUUUGUUUAAUCACAGAGGAUUUUAAGAGCUCCUCCUCUUCUGAUGGACCCUGAAGGAGCUCUGCAGAGGCCCCAAAAGUCCCUUCAGGGCCCCAUUUCAGCUGCGCUACAUCUGAAGAGUCCAUGUUAUCAACACAGACAAUGUCACACACUCUGAGGAGAUCCAGUCAGGGCGCUUAUCCGCUCCUCAAACACUCACAACCACUCACCCCACCCAACCCAAAGAGCUCCUCCUCAGGCCUGCAGUUCACGUUAUCGCCGUGGUAACAGCUCGCUGAUCAGUAAUUCAUUUUUUAGACCUCUGCAUACCAAUUACCAAAUGAAGGUUAUUACGGAGAGUUUGCAUUCCCGCCGCAGCGAGCAGAAUGUUAAAGACGAGAAGUUUAAGUAACGAGGGUCAACAUCACACACACACACACACACACACACACACACACACACACACACACACUAACUCUUGAGUGUGUACGUGUCAUCAUCAUAAUUGGCCGGUGUGUUUGCUCUGAGAAAAUACUUUGAGUCCACGGGCAUGCUGGAGAGAUAAGGUGUUAAAGGAAGCUAUUCACAUUAAAAGCACGGCUUAGGCUCCCUGUGUGUGUGUGUGUGUGUGUGUGUGUGUGUGCGUGUGUUCAGCGUGAUAGCUGAGAUGUUUUAACCUUUUGAUUGGACGGGGCUCUUCUCAUGUGACAGGAGAACUUCUAAUUUAACCAAAAUGUCAAAAAAUAUCAGGAUGUCUUGAUCUGUCUUUGUGGCUGAAAUUACUCUCCACAUCUCUCUGCUUCUCUCUCUGUCUCCAUGAGUGUGUGUGUGUGUGUGUGUGAGUCUUAUCAUUCUGACUUAACCUAAAUGCCACAUUUCUUGUUCCCAUUUUGAGAAUUAACUCAGCAUCCAUUUUGUAAAGGCAGCAGCUCUCUGUGUCCUCCUCUCACUUUGCGCAGCUCAUCCAGGUGCUCUCACUGUGUUUGUGUGUGUGUGUGUUUGAGCUCCCAGCAUGCUCUCUCCUCCUUCUCCCAUCAUGCCUUGCAGUGAUUGGUUUAUCCCUGUGUUAUUAAAGUGUAAUGUGCUGUUGUAUUUAUGGCAUGUUGGUUAAUAUUUAAUAAGAAACCCUCUCGUUAGGAGUCUGGGCAUUUUUCCAAGCUGUUAGUGACGGCGAGCCAAAUUAAUCCGCUUUGUAACAAAGCAAAUUCCCCCUUUGCUGACCGAUACACACACACUCACACACACACACACACACGCAUGCAGAGACACAAACACACUCACACGCACACAGAGUGCUUACUGGGACGGCAGCAGUCUUAGCCUAAUCAGUCUGUAUUCAGAGGGAUUAGCAGUAGAUAGCCUAGCUGGACAGUUCAGAUUGUAGCCGAGACUCAGACUUACACACACACACACACACACACACACACACACACACACACACACACACACACACACACACACACACACACACACAAGCUGAUUUAGACUUUCAAAUACAUGCAUACACAGGAUCUGCAGAAAAAACAUAUGGACCAAUGAAAACACAAUUUGGCUUUAGGCUUAAACUGGGCCUACAGAGCUCAGCGGCUAACAGCCGAGCUAACAGUGGACGGGUUUUCAGUCUGACUCAGGUUCAAGUGUUUUUAUUAGGCCUGGUGUUUAUACGUUUUUACGUUUAAUCACAGCAGCUGAUAUUGAUAUUAUCACUUUUUAUAUCCCUGUUCUUUCAACAUGCAGGCACCCAUGUAAACACAGAGUCAGACAGAGGGCAGAGAGCUUGUUUUGGUGGAUCAGUGUUCAUUUUGUCAACAAAAACGAUGAAUUUUCGUUGACACUUAUUUUUCAUGACUAAAUGUAGACAAUGAGGUAAAAGGUAAGCAAACAAAAAAUGAGAAUAAAUAAACUCUCUGAUGGACAAUGACGGGAUGUAAUAAUUGACUCCUUUUGGCGAACAACCUCUUAUUAAUCUGUAACAAGUGUGCAGGGAACAGUUCUUUUCAGGUGAGGCAUUCUGGAUUAAUAUCUACUCAGGUAAUAACAAGGAAGUGUAAUGAAAGUCUGACAGGAAUAACUUUACCGAUUUAAUGUUCACUAAACUCAGGUUUCUUUGUGGAAUCAGGUCUUUAUUGAUGUGCUAUCAAAGCAUUAUUUGACAAGGUAGCAAAACUCACCACAACACCUGUUAGCGAUAAGCUUACACCUCUGGUUAACCUAUCAUUACCUGUCGGAGAGCGAAGUUACAAACCGGUAUACACCCACCCCCUUCUGCUAAAAUCUGAUUUAUGAUUAGUUCAGACUCACAGACAACAUCAACAAAUACUCAGUCAAAUAUCCCUCCAUGUAGUGAAGAGGGAGUUUGAGCCGUUGAAACUAUGCAUAAAUCAAGUUUCAGGCAUUAUUUUUUUUUCCAGGGUGGGAAACAUGUAAAUGUUAUGUUUUUUUCUGUGUUUUUUUUCCAUUUCACAAGUUGGAUAGACUUUAAUAAUCUGAUAAACUGUGGUCACAUUUUACCUGUCGUAUCAAUAAGAAGCAACAAGAUGAUAGAUGGAGAAGUCAGGAGAGAGAUCGGGUCAUUCUUUCAUUUAAAAAAAAAACACAUAUGACAGCUCACUGCAGAAAAUGCCAUGAAAUGUACAAAACUUAACUGCGAUGUUAGUUCACAGUGGUGCUAACAGUGACGUUUACAGUAAAGCAGUGGUGGAGUUAACAGUGGAGCUCUCCUUGACUGAAGGUUUUACUCUCACAUUCUUUAAAUGCUGCAGGGCUGAUUAUCCCACAUGAAAGUGAGCACGCUCAGACUGGUUCUACCUGCAGCCUUUUAUGCAGGACAAAAGGUCUCAUGAAAGAGGGGUGAGAGUGAGGGCCAGCACAGGGGCAUUCUGGGUAAUCAAACACCAUUGAGUUUGUGGUUUAGCUAAUCUGAUGCCAGGCUGAAAAGAAGACUUUGCCUAUUUCUCCACCCUGGCCUGCUCAUCGUUACACAUGCAUGUUGGUGCAUGCGCUCAUCAGCAGCAACCACUCACACACACACACACACACACACACACACACACACACACACACACACACACACACACACACACACACACACACACACACACACACACACACACACACACACACACACACAGGCGGUCAGUGACCUGUGCUGUUUUGCAUCUGAUUGAAGAUUUUGAGGUCAAGUUGUGGUCUGAGGGCGAUCUCUGCAGGAGGAUUCAAAGUAUGUUGUCGGGCCAUGACCUCCAUGAAAGUCUCAGAUUCUGUGUUUUUGGAGAGUUUGGGGAGUUUGAGCAGCCGGAGGGAGUUUAUCUUCUGCAAUCAAACACUUCAACUGAAUAUAAAUGAGUUCUCCGGGAAUUAAGUGUACAUAGACUUAACAUGGAAAAUAUCCAAAUCUAAAAGUUCAACAUUUUCGCAAAACAAUGACUGCAGUAUUUGUAACAUUCUGGUUUAUUUUUUUAAUCUUUACUCACCAUGUAGAGUUUUUGCUGUUUCUUCUCUAGAUUUUAAACUCAAAGUUUACUUUGUGCAUAACUCUCUUGCAGCAGUAUUUUAUCAUUUCAGUUAUUUAAUGGUCCAAAAUAACACUCACUGAUCCUGACAGCAGAGUGUUUACUUCUGACAUGCGUUUUCACACUUUCUGUUAAUGAAAGCUGAUAAUUUUUAGUUUCUAAUCAGUUUGAAACUCAGUGGUGAAGACGUUUUCUCACCCUGGAAACAUUUCUUGGAUGUCUCUGAAUCAGCAGAUGCGCAAGAACAAUCCAGAAAGCAUGCAUCAACACUUUCUAUCUUGAACGAGGAUGUUAAAGAAGAUGGAUGAAACUUUAUUUUUAAAUCUUCAGAGACUUUAAUAUUCUUUUUUUACAGUACAUUUAUGAAGUAGAACGUUCCUCACAGAGUAGAUGCAAACCACAAGCAUGAGAAAACAGAGGCACAAAAAGCAAAGUGAAACAGAAAGAGUUAUUUUUACUACUUAAAGGGCUCUAUUUUCGUGUCCGCCGGGGAUGGAGCGGAGGGUGGCGGACCCCGUGCAGUGGUAUUUUCAUCUGGCGGAGCCCGGCGUAUAGCCAGUUUGGUAUUUCAGAUUUAAAGGCGAGGAGAGGAGCUUAUAUGAUUAUUGAAAACAGGUCACGGCUGUGUUAAACCCACUCCACGCCCUCUCUCCUCCCUCCCUACGACUUACGUCGCUGGGAGGAGCUGAGUUAGGGAGGGGGGAUACUUACGCUGGGCUGCACCACUCACCAAAUUACCAAAUUGUGCUUGGGAACGCUUUGUCAGCGCAGCGGACCUGACUUACGCCGUGCAUGUGCCGCGUCGCCGGCAAGGCAUGAAAAUAGAACCCAAAGUGUUCUCAGUGGUUAAAUUGUAAUUAUAAAGUUUUUACCAAAAUUUGCAAAUCCUCAUUUUCAAGGGCUUUUCUCCUACAGAGCUUUAGUAGAUCAUUAGCAAUUUUCCUCUGAGUCAUUGCUGCUCUGCACACUUGUCUUCACGAGAGCUUGUAGCCUAACAUUGCUGGUGCAGAGCUUGGAUUUACUACAUAGGAAAUCUGACCGUUUUUGAACCUGCCAUUUGGGUCUGCCAGAGAUUCACAGCAAUUUGAAUUUAGAAAUACUCAGAAAUGCAAUUUCGCACUUAUUUUUAUCAUGAUAUGUCCUGUAGCAUCAAAAAAUGCCACAUGCACAUGUAAACAAGAAAAACGGGAUUUUCAUCAGAGUGGGUCUUUAAACACAGCAGAUGGACUGUUUGGGGUUACACACUUCCCCUCUUUUACAGUUCAUAUGUCUAAAUGACAACAGUGGAACAAAAAUCCUCACCACUUAAUUGUUUUUCACAGAGGUGUUACACCCUGGCUGAAAGCGAAACACACUGUUUUCUCACUUCUAAAACUUUUGCAAACACCUCAGCUGACUGUUUCUCAUAAAUAACCCUUAAUUUUUGUAAUUAUGUUUCUAUAAGCCUCUUCUCUGUAGCCACAUCGAACUGUAUCAUAUUUUCUUUUCUUUUUUUUUUUUUUUUUUACUUACUUCUCACUUACGUCUAAAGGCCACAUACACACAGAAAAGCAGAUUUGGGCUGCUAAAUACAUGCAUACACAGAAUCUGCAGAAGAAACAUAUGGACAAAUGAAAACACAAUUUGGCUUUAGGCUUAAACUCGGCCUAAUGAGCUCAGCGUCCAACAAUCAGGCUAACAGUCAAACCUGAAUCUGGGAUUUGUGCAUGGUUAGAUACAGGGAUAUCUGGCUUUAAGUGCUUAAGGAUUUUAUUUACCCUGCUGAGAAGAUGAAAUGAAUAAAACAAAAGAAAUGUGCACGUCACAGUCUGUAAAAAAUAAUGAAAAAAAAAAAACUUGAGUAUUUAAAUCAGUGGUUGUAUGUAGUCUUGUGAGGGCUUUGGUUCUCACUGUCGUUUCUCUGCAGCAUUUAGACUGAAAUCAGACACCUGAGAGGCUUCACACAGAAAUCAUCGGUGUUUGAAAUCAGUUUUAUUUCAUUUACUUGUUAAUUUACCCCUAGAGAUUAUCCAUUAUAGCUUGUUUUUUGCAGAAAUGCACAAACUUUUGUCCUCAUUAUGCUCUGAAUUUGUUUGAACAGUGUGGGAAAACAAUUUUCUGCUUCAGAAAAAUGUUCUGCAGAUAUUUGCAGUUUAUCGUGCAGGUGUUUGAUUCUGAAUUUUACAACAACUCAGUGAUUUUCCAGCCUCUGGGGAAUGAGAGCAUUUUGUGUGAAAGUGAAAAUAAAUAUUCUGUCAUCCAAGUUGAUUUUGUGAAUUUUGAAUAAAUAAUUCUUCCUUUUAAGGUUUAUUCAUCACACUAUGUUUGUGUUUGUUGUAGUUGUCUUGUAUCUGCAGUGAUUGUGUCUUAUUUUCUGGUCCUGCAGAGAGAGUUUUCUUUUUGACUUCCUAAAGUUGGUUUCAGAGUUUCAGUUUUCAGUCAUUUGUGUCAUAGAUCCUCAAAUCCCUCUGAGGUUUAUUUGAGAUAAAAUUAACUUUUCUUCACUUUCUCUCUCUCUCUCUUGUUGUGUGUUUGUGUGUAUUUGUCCCAGGAUGAGUGUGUGUUCCUUGUGUUGACUUGAUUAGCAUGGCAAACUGAAAUUCUUUAUCAAGUUUGAAACUGAAUUACUCCGUCUUCAUCUUCCUCUUCCUCCAAGAACCCUCCAAAGUAUGAUUAAAGACACUCAUUAACAUCAGCAUCACAGAAUAAAAGAGGACGUGUCAGUAAACUCCACAGUGGCUCAGUUUUCAAGGCUCUAAAUCUUGGUGUUAACACUUGUAUUUUUGUGCUAUUUUCUGUAUUGUAGUGCAGUUUUUCUUUGUUGUGUUCGAAUAACAGCACCUCAGUCAUCAGCUGAAGUGAUUCGUCUUUGGAGAGAGACAGCCUUGGAGCUGAACGAGUCCUAAUAAAUAGUUGAAGGAGAUGUUUUUAAUGUUAAUCCUUUGCUCUGAAUGCAUUCACUGCCAUCAAAUGGUAAAGGCAGCAGGUAAAACGUUCUCCAAUGGCUUCAUCAAAUUUGAAGUAUCAAUAAACUGAAAAGAAGAGCUGAGUGCUAAAAACAGAGGGUGAGAGGGUGAAAACGAAACGUUUGUCAGAGAUUUAAUGAAAGUAUAAGUGCAGAACCACCAUCUAUUCUGUCAAGAUAAAUGUCCAAAACAUUAUGUUUGUCAAAAUUCCCUAUUUUCUUUAUUUGGUUCAUGCUCAGAUGAUAAUGGGUUUGUUUAUGACCUAUUCAUAAUUAAAGUAAUGGACUGUAUAUAUGUUUCGCAGUCUGAGUUAGAUGAUAAACUAUUAAUGUCUAUUAUAAAUGAAUGCUGCUUGAUUUAUGUGUUUUUCAUGAUUAAAUGAUGGUGCUUAAGCAUGGUUAUAUCUUUAUUAAUUGUUAAACUCAGGCAUGCUGAUUUUGAUUUUACAAUUUAUGAAAAAAACGGUAAAGCAAAUGCUGUCAGUAUUCAGGAUGCAGUAGCGCCCCCUUCUCUCAUCAGUGGUUGGGUGGUGCAAUUACAGAUUUAAAUCAGUGGAGUUUUUAUUACGUUAAUUAUAUUUAUAUCAAGGAAAAAUGUAUCACAGCUAUUAUGGUCAGCACUGAGACCCAUGGACCAUUUCAUCUCCUGCAUUGGGGGAAUAUUUUGUUGGAGAAAUCCGAUUGAAGUGAUUGUGGAGUUCAGUCUUUAAUUUUUCAGAUAUUCUCAUUUUUAUUUAUACUGCAAAAUUUGACCAGCUCAUCAUUCACAGUUUGGUGAUUUUGUGCUUCAUAAAAAAAGUUGUAUCCGCACUUAUAUUUUAUAAUAAGAAAUUCCAGCGAAGAAACUCCUUAACUAACCAGCCCAGUCAGUAAUAGAUCAGCUCCUCCUGAGUUUGUAGAGAGUUAUGUAACCUAAACCCAGGUUACUCAGGCAUUGUCGCCUUUUUGUGUUGAGAUAAGCUUUUAUGAAAACCACCUAGCAGGACUCUGUGUGUGUGUGUGUGUGUGUGUGUGUCUGUUUGGAGGAUUUUUCUUUUUCUUUUAUCAUACUGGGGGUGGUUUGAUGUUCACAGCCCUGAAACAUAAAGCUCAGACUUAAAGAAAUCAAAGUGCAGGUUGCAUAAAUACAUAUUGUUUUUGGAGGCUCAGAAUAACGUGUCAGAUCAAGCUAUGUGCAUUUGUACUCUGCUGGAGAAAUGACUCUGAUGGUGAAAGUGCUGUUUCUGCUAAUGGUGACGUUAUUUCUUUGAGUGUCUGUAAAUGGUUGACGUUUUCCGAAUCUGAGCUCCUUAAGAUAAAAAUAGUGUGGAAAAACAUCCGCUAAUGACUCAUAAAAUCUGGUUUUGUGUUGUUACAAAGUUCCACAUGUAUUUGAUGCCAAGGUCGGCUGAAUUGUGUUAAGACGAGUUAGGCGGUUAUUUUCUUUUUUACUCAGAUAUUCUCAUUUUAUGAGCAGAUGGCAAAGUCAAUAAAAGUUUUAUCUGCAUCACAGAUGAAAUGACAACAUUUAUGCUCAAUGCGCUGUCUUUUGAGAAACCAGAACGGUAUUUGUAUUUAACACUAGACGAGAUCUGUUUAAGAUUCAGGAUGGUGUUAUUCAAAAGGGAACAAAAACGUGUGUUAUCAAUUUAACAGAUGAUGGUAACUCAGCCUUAUAUCAUGUUUUAAAAAAUGUCCUAAAUGCAUUAAUUAAAGUGCGAUGCAGCAGGUAAAAUGUUCUCUAGUGGCUUUAAUACAAGUUUAAAAUGUCUCAAACAGAUAAAAACCAGAUGGAGUUUAGUGCCAAAGGAGAUAGUGUGUAAUUAAAUAUCUGUAAGAGAUUCAAUAAAGAGAAAGUGCAGAAACACUCUGACAAAAUACUCUAUUUAAGGUUUAAAUCUCCUGCUUUUGUGGCAACAGUUUGUUGGGGAAAUCCCGGUUGUUGGGUUGAGUUGUUUGUUUUUCAGUAAUUCUUAUUUUUAUGCAGAUUUGAUGCUGCAGAGUUGAAAUAGCUUUAAUUGUCAUUCUGAAACAGUGUGCAUGUUGUUUUUGAAUGUUUUGAAGUCAUUUCUUGGAGUGUUAUCAAAUGCAUCAAAUCCACACAGUCUGCAUGUUAUUGUGAAUUAUGCUCAAAUUGUUUAUAAUUUGGAUUAAAUUCAGGAUUGUGCAGGUAAAGUGUUUGCAGCCAGAUUACACCCACUUAAGUAAAUAUUUCAUUUACUAGAGAGGUUUGAACUUUAGAUGGUUAUCAGAGUUUUAUUUUUACAGGAGCAUGUUAAAGCUAUGAUUGUUUUUUAGUUUCCAAAGGGUCAAUCACCUUCCUCAUGUCCCUCCUCCUCCUCUUCCUCUUGCAGGUGCCGACCUCUUCUCUAACUGCACAGAGGAGUGUAAAGCUCUGGGCCACUCGGAUCGCUGCUGGAUGCCGAGCUUCGUGCCCUCUGACGGGCGCCAGGGCCCGGACUACCGCAGCAACCUCCACGUGCCCGGCAUGGACUCAGUCCCGGACACAGAGGUAUUUGAAAGCCCCGAGCAGACGGCUGAUAAGUCGUUCUCCACGUUUGGCAAAGAGACGCCUCUCAGUCACCUCCACCAAAACCACCAAAACCACCACCACCUCAAAAAUCAUCACCACCCCAGCCUCAGCCAGCAGCAGGGCUCCAUAGAGAGGAAAGAGUUGGAGACAUUUCUGCCUAGUUCCAGAGCACCUUUAAACCCCGCUUAUUUCAGUGAGUAUCCUGUUUGGAUUCGACAAAGAGACUCAAAUUAACCCAAAUUUAAUUCCCUCCAACUACCAACGAAAGGAAAGAAAAGAGUGUGAAAUUCCUCUCAGAGUGUUAGACUAACUCUUCCCUCUUUCUCAGACAUCUCCAUCAUCGCCUCUCCCUGUGUGAUUUUGUCUUUCCUCAUCUCACCCGUUUCAAUUCACAGAGACACACACACUCACACUCUCACACACAGAAACCUCCAUGAUCAGCCUCAAAAUGAAACACUGGGUAAGCCGCCGCAGAGCCCUGUAAGGUUUCCUCCAUGUGGGUGGAGAUGUUGGCUGUAAAGCUGCUCUGCCUCAUUGUGUGAAAAUGGCUGCUGUAACAUAAUGAUCGUCUUUUUUAAACCAGUGAAGAAGAAGGGCGGCAGGCGGCGAGCUUUAAUUCUCAUCCAACGUCACUGUGUUGGAGCAGAGGAUAAAAUACAGUUUAGGAUAAUUGAGGAGGGAAAAAAGGAGAGAAAAAGAUGGUUUUCCCAAGGAGCGGCUGUUUCUGAGCUCUCAUUCAAAGGCCACAAAGAGAUACAUCCUCAAUCACUGCAAUUUAGUGAUAAUGCUUAAUUAUAAUUUAGUGGAGCAGCGCCUGGAGAGGCCCCCUCUCUCAUCAUCCACACAGCGAGCUGAAUUACCAAACUGUCAGAGCGGAGCCGCUUCCCGAGCGCCGCAUCUCCAACCGUAGCGUGCUGCUGGAAACAGCAGGAAAAACUCUGUUUUUAAUUAAUGUUUUAUUCAUUUGAUUUUCUGUUUUUUUUUAUUUUUUAUCCUCCAUCAAAACGUGAAGCUGAGCAGCAACCUGCUGUUUGAAUCAGAGAGAAAAUAUGGGCUAUUAGAGAUGUUGUUGAUGCACAGUGUGAGCAGAGAGUCAGGUUAAAGGUGACACAGAGUGAAAUGUGGAGAUUUAAUGAUGAGACCAAAGACUCGGGAGGAAGAGGGAAACUCAUCUUCAGCAUAUUCACACCUUUGUAGUGACAUGAAAUGUUUAUUUCAGCAGCUGCGAAUGUUUGUGUUCAGCAUGCAGGCUCUGACCCCAUCACUCCUCAUCGGUCUAUUUUACAUCCUGAAAGUGGGAGGAGGGAGAAGAUUAUAUUCUGGAGCCUGCAUGUGGAUGCUGGGAGGAGUUGCGGACCGCAGUAGUGAAAGAUCUAAGGAUGAGAUGAAUUUGGAGAGGCAGCGAUAAUGACACAGAUAUGGAUCAUUUUUAUAUCUGAAUAUUCUGGUAAUUAUCCAGAGAUUGAAAAUCAGUUUUUUUUUUUUUUGUGUGUGUGCACUGCAGUGAAGCAGCGUGCACUUCCUGACACCCUGCAGCUCCAUCAUCAUCCUCUGCUCCUCCCUGCUGAACUCAUCCAUGAGGCUGUGGCUUCAUUUCAGUCAAACCUCAACAACCUACACCAAGAUAGAGCUGUCAUUUUGUCCCGAUUAUAGUGAAAAAGCCCUUGUCAAAAGUUGCUUAAUUAAGGGUGCGUCUACAAACAGAUUCAAUAGGAAAUGGUCAACUGUUAAGUUGUUCAUUGAAUAGUUUUUAGCUGAUGACAACACAAAUUUUAGAGAAGCAGAGUUGCAACUGUUAAAAAUAAUGAUAGUAGUCCACAUCAUUGAAGUUACUUUGAACAUGAUGUGGACUUGGUCCCUCUACUGGCAGGCAGCAGACUGCAUACUGGUGGUAUAAAUGUGUCUUUUAAUGGUGAAGGAGGCGUUUGUUAGUGAAAGCUUUCAAUCCUUGUUUUUUUUUAACUGUACAUGUAAUUUCCCCCACCUGAGAGAAAUUUAGACUAUGUUUACACGUGCCCAGCUAUUUUCAUAAAUGGACAUUUCGAAGUGUUGAAGUUGUAAAGUUGUAGAUUACGCUAACUGCUUUAUAUAUGCCAUCAAGAGCAUGCAAAACCUGUAGGUGGCAGUGUAGCGGGAAGCUCAAGUCCACGUUAGCCAAUAAGAAUCCCGCAUAGCAGCAACAACAACGUCACUUCCUUCUUUUGGAGAAGAUGCAAAUGCAAACAAAUACAAAGGGACUGCGCUAGCAUAAUUGCGACUGCUAUUCUGCAUGCAUCCAUGAUCCUCAUAGAUUGUAAACAUAGACUGUAGAUUGUAAACAACAUCGCAUUUCACCCAGUUUCUGGCGCACAAUCUGCCGUCGGCUACCCGAAUCUCCAUGUUCCUCCGUUUACAUGCAAACAUGCAAAUGGAGAUUUCCAAAAUCUCCACUCUGGCUGGAGUCUUUAAAAAGCAUCGUUUUUAGGGGCGAUUCACUGUUUGCAUCUAAAUAAAAGAUGCCAACGAUGGUUAAUAUCUCCGUUUUUAAAAUAACUCGAGGUAAAGGAUUCUGUAGGGAGACACCGGCAGAUAAAAUCCUGACAUGGCUGCUGGUUGGACCUUGUAUCUCCAUCAACUUUCAUCCUGUAAAAAUGUAAAACUAUCAUAAAGCAUUUUUCAUUACAUUUCAACUUCACACCUGUGGUUAUUUUCAUAGACAGCAACAAGCUGAAGUAAAAUCAACAACAGAAUUAACACAGCUUCUUUUAAAUAAUAUCCAUAUGUAAUCAGGUUAGAACUGGUGUCAUAUUUUUUGGUAACCAUAAAAAAAUAAACGUCUGUUUUUCUAAAUACAGAUAGUGAUGUCUGCACACCCCCUGACAGAGUAGAGGGGUGAGUGGAAAUUUACAGAUUGUGAGGAAAUGUUGUCACGUGGUGGAGUAGUGUGUUGGAUAUCAUGACAGUGUGUUAACGGAGCAGCUGGAUGAUCCGCCUGCCUGAACUAGCACUGAGCCUCCCUCCAUUCUCUUGAUGUGAGAAGCAGACAUCUGCAAACAGUGAAAACAAGUUUAACUUUCUUAAUUUAAUCAUGAAGUUUCAGCUGCAGGGACUUUUAGAUGAGUCACAAAAACAAAACAACAGAAAUAAUGAUGUGCAGAUUACAAGCAAUAAAACAAAUCUUUUUAAGGUGGACCGAAAUGGGCUCGCUGUUUAUUUAUUUAGCUUCUUUCCAGACUCUGCAGCUCAAUCCAACAUUCAUCCUCACCAAAAUAAGAAAGAGACAGUUUCAGCAAAGUUCGAUGCAUAAUAUGUUUGGGGAGAUUAUUGUUUUUUUUAAGACCAAAAUAAACCUCAUCCCUGAUAAAUGAAGCUUCUAACUCUCCUUAGUUUGUUCCAUUUUUCUUUGCAGUCAAAGGAGUCGUGUUUUUUCAUCCAGAUCAGGAUGCGAUAAGAAAACAGAGGAAUGAAAUUAAAAGAUUAAAAAUAAAUGAGUUGUGGGAGUUUAAGUUGUGAUAUUGGAGUCAUGAGUCAACAUCAUGAAAUGAGUUUCACAUUAAGAGAACAUGUUGGAUUCAUUUAGAAAUAAUUUGAAAAAAAAAAGAUCAUAAUGAGAAAAAUGUGAAGCUGCAGAAGAAAGUCAGGAACCAAGAGGAGGGCAGAAAUAAUAAUUUUGCUGUAUUUAGUGAUAAUGAACAGAAAGAGAGUGAAAAGGAGGGGUGAUACAACAGAAACCUAAACACUGAAUGAUUUUAUUCAAAUUCAGCCAAUAAAGAGUUUAAGAAAAACAAAAAAACUUAAAAUCACAGUUUAUAAAAAUGGUUAAAUGAAGAGAGAUGAGGAAAUAAAAUAAAUCCCUGGAUAUCCUGUUUAAUUUUCCCAAAAGAGUCUGGUUUGGUCGAAGUGGUGUCAAGGACCAAAGGAACUCUGGUUCAGAACAUAAAAGUGGAGUUUCAGGUAGUUUUUAAGCAAACUCUGGUGCUGCAAAAGGAGAAUGUACUGAGAAAAGAGAGCAGGGCCUACUAUACUCCCCUGAGGAACACCAUAUUCAGUAUCCUAUACUUUGAGCCUGCAGCAGAAAGUCUGAGUUAUCAUAAAGUUCAUAACCAGCUUUAUGGGAUAUGAUAGAUCCACCUGGAGAAUUAGGCUUUGUUCAGCCAGCUUACUUAAAGAUAUUGUUUAAUCAAGCUUAGUUUAUACGGCACUUUUCAUACAAACCAAACAGAGUGUGACAUUUAUAUAAAAAGAAACAAAAGAAGUAGAGACUAAGCACGCCAAUGGCAAUGAAAUAAUAACGUGAUUACAACAGUAAAGGAAAAGAGAUAAAAAUAAGUUAAAGCAACAAAAAAACAGAUCAGAUAUAAAGAGCUGAGAUAACAAUAGAAAAAUAAAGAUAAGAACUAAAAGCACAAAGACAGCCUCUAGUCUGUUUUUCAUAUCAUCUUAGCUAAAAACUGCACACUACACCUUUAAUGAAAAAGUUUGGAGUAAAACUUUUGUCUGGUAUUUUUAGAUGCUAAUAUUUUGACAUGUAUAAACCUUUAGUCACAUAAAAUGUGUAGAUAAAAAGAAGAGAACAUGUGACAUUGACACUACAAAACAGAAGAUAUCCCGAAGUGUUGAACAAAACACACAGAUCCCCGAAAUGUGAACAUAUAAAAAUGAUUUCAGGCUGUAGAUCUGCUGUUUUAUUCAACACCUGUUAGAAACUUGAGGUAAAAAUGAAACAGCCAAACAUUAAGCAGCAAGUAUGCCACUCGUCUGCUUUCAGUGUGAAGUCCUCUGUGUGUGUGUGUGUGUGUGUGUGUGUGUGUGGAUGUGUGUGUGUGUGUGUGUGUGUGUGUGUGUGUGUGGAUGUGUGUGUGUGUGUGUGUGUGUGUGUCUGUGUGCAGUUUCCAUGGAUGUGCUGAUUAUGCUCUUGUGAUGCAGCACUCGAUGUGAAGAGCUCCCGAUAUCUCAGCGUUUCCCACGAACAACCACUCAUUCCUCCUGCAAAGUAGAUCACUGUGGCCCUUAUGCUAAUGAGAGCGGGGGAGGCAGCAGGGGAGGGAGGGGGUAAUGGCACUGAAGGAACAACAGUCAGAGAGGAGGGGGGAGGUGGAAGGGAUAGAAUGAUGAUACCAAGCGGCUGAAGCUCCCUAAUCUGAUCAAGUCACUGAUACACAGAGCCUCUUUGUCCCCUGAGGGAGGGGGGAUAGGGGGAGGUCCGGGCUUGGAUCUGUCCUGGGGUCGGGUCAGGGUGGGGUGCAGAGAGGGGGAGGCGGAGGAGCAGAGGAAAGCCAGAGCCAAAUGAUUACCGUCAUCAGACGACACGGUGGCGAGGGGGGGGGGGGACAAGAGGUGGGCGGAGCCAGACCAUUAAAUCUCCCCCUUUGUUGUGCCACCAGAUAAAUUGGCCACCAAAUAAUAACCAACUCCCCCCCAAGGCCACUUUUCCCAUAACCCCCCAACCCAAAUACAUGGUCACAAACACAUUACCCAUGAGCCAUUUCACACUAGUGAAUUGAGACGAGACGUGAGACUUCCUGUCCUUGCUUUGUCAUGAUUGAACCCUUAAACUCUGUGUGAACGAGGACACUUUGAGGGAAAUCCAUGUUUUUAAACCUCAGACAUAUUUUUACAUAAAUUAGAAUAUGAAUAAUUAAAGGAUACAGAAAGUUUCUGAGUGUUUCCUGAAGGUUUUAGCAGUAAACAGCUGUUUAAAAAAUCAGGUUUUGAGGGCGAAAUGUUCCUGUUUGUGUCCUCGACACAGUUAGAUUGUUACUUUGAAGAGUCUGACAAUAUUAGGGAAAGGUCUUCAUAUAUAUUUGUUACAAAGGGAGAGGAUUUUACAUCCCUCUCCUUACAGCCAAUGUGACUCCAUUCAUAAAAACAGUGGCUGUACCCUACAUGUUUGAUAUAACAAAUUGAAGUCUGGCUAUAAAACACCCAAACUUACCAGUUAAGGCGGCAGUAGACCAGCAACUCCUGCAGUCUGUGAAGUAAAAUUACUGAUUUCAUCAAUUGAGUUAUAAAGUAUACAAUGAGGUGGGUACAUCAUUCACAGGUGGAUCACUGUGUGCCCCAUGAAAGUUAUUUUGCAUGGAAGCAUCAUUUAAAAACACCAAAGUCAGGCUGUAAAACACCCAAACUAAGAGCAGCAGUGUGUACAGUUUAGCGGCUGUAGGAUAAGCUCAUCUACUGAAGAUACUCAGAAUCUCAUAUCAGCUCAAAAUAUGUAAAAACGCAGGUUUUAAACCAUUGGAUUUCCCUUUGUGUCAGUUGUUUUCUUGUCAUUUCUGUCAUUGCUCCACACUUAGACACACACACACACACACACACACACACACACACACACACACACACACACACACACACUGAUAAACACACACCCCUGUCUAACCAAUCUUGUUUUUCUGCUUCUUGCAGCGAGGAAAAGGGUUUGCUAGCUCCUUUCGCGUGGACAUACCAGAGACCGCGUGACUUUGCACAAUCACUCCUCGACGACCAAGGCUAUAAAAAAGAAAAGCAUCAAAUUUUAAAUGCGUACAUCCCCGCCCCCCACCCCCACUCCCCCCCUCCUCACCCAGGAAAAACUACAGUUUCAAACACACGACUUCACAUGAGUUAAGGAAGUUUGAGAUCCCUCCAUCCUGGACUUCCUUGGAGCACUGCCAGGCUUUUGGAGACACCCCCACCGUCUGGAUCAGGAGCUAGCCGAACUUCUUCUAAGGUGGGGGGUAAAGGCAGGUUGAUGGAUAGCCUUACUGUGAGGACCCUUUUGUCUCAGCGGGACUGAGAACCCUAAAGAGGACGAGGAGGAGGAGGAGGAAGGACUCUGAUGACGGAGAGAUAAACUGGACUCUGAUCCUACAGAGCUUUUCCAAUCUGUGUGUGCCUGUUUACAGCACUGAUGGAGAAUUAAACCAGACCAGGACUGCUUAUGUGUGCUGAAAAAAGACUGACUGAUACGAGAGCCACUCGAAGAAACCGCCACUGAGCCCUUUAGGCGUUUGUACUCGCAGAGAGACGCCAAAUUGUACAGGAGAAUCUUUGUGCAUUUGAAAAUGCAAUACCACUGUUUUAGAUUUUUCUAUUCUGUUCGUGUGGUCAGGUGUCUCUAUUCAAUCUACUUCAAACUUUGUAAGAAAAGAUUGUGGGCAGGAUAUUUUUUUAUUUAUGUUUUGAUUCUUUGAAUUGUUCUUUUUUUUUUACUUGGGUUUUGUUUGUUCACCUUAUCGUGGGCUUGGACGCCGUCCGGACCGCUGUUUUCUGAUUCUGAGGCGUCGAGUAGUUUCUAUCAUGUGUGAGAAGUGUUUACUGUACUCUUUUGAAAAGUUUCAAGCUGAAUAUAAAACUCUAUAUAUAAAUCUAUCUAUAUCUACUUGUUCUGAAGGCGUGCUAUCUGUUUGCUGGGUUCCACUUUCUGAUUCAGAGGUUUAGGCGCCCCUGAAGGAGGCUUUUUGUUUUUCCCAGAGAGACACAAAGAGAGACAGAACAGCCUUAGCAGAUGUAAAACUCCACUUCUCAUUCUUUGACAUUAUUUCAUAUUUUUUUCCACUUUGGGGUAUCAAUGAAGCUCAUGUCUAUAAAUAAAGAGGAGGUGAUGGCAUAGGUUGAAACUCAUGGUAAUUUUGUGUCAUUGUAACCAAAAUUUUAAGGGUCCAUUUACAAAGAACCGAAACACAGAGGCCAAAAGCAGAACGCUGUUGUACUUGCUGCGGUGGGAUUCAGUAUAAACACACAUUACUUUCUCACACAUUACAAACAAAAACACCAAUAUGCCAACAAUAAACUGAAAAAUGGUGAAAAGAAAG